GCUCAACAAACAUUCAGUCUACGCAUUCUGUGCUUGAAACAGUGCUGUUCCGGUCGCGCUAGUGUCAACACGUAAUCGAGCGGUGACUAUCGCAAUCGAAACUCGGUAUCGGUCCGUGUCGAACGGUAAAGUGUUAAAUAGCAGUGAAAAAUCCGAGUGUACAAGUGUGUGGUUAUGUGGCGGCGAGUGAUAUGACCGCGUGUGCCGCCAGACGGGCUCAAGCCGGCUUCAUGAGGAUACUGGUGACAAGCCUGGCCCCGAGAUCAUGGUGGUUCCCGAUUCCGAGGCUCCUUCGAAUCCUCGGAUAACGACUGCGAACGAGAGCCCCUCGGCCGCUGAGGCGCGCCACAGCACCGACUUGUACAUACGCACCAGCUGGGUGGACGCUGCUUUAGCACUCUCUGAACUUGAAAAGGGUAACAUCGAGGGCGGGCGCACCUCGCUCUGGAUCCGCGCGUGGCUGCAGGAGCAGCUCUACAUCCUCGGGUGCUUCCUCCAGGGGGACGCCGGAAAAGUCCUCUUCGUCGCCAUCCUCGUACUCUCCACCUUUUGCGUAGGACUCAAGUCUGCGCAAAUACACUCACGAGUCGACCAACUCUGGGUUCAAGAGGGCGGUAGAUUAGAGGCCGAGUUGAAGUACACGGCGAAGGCUCUUGGAGAAGCAGACUCCUCAACACAUCAGCUAAUUAUACAGACUGCAAAGGACCCAGACGCCUCAUUAUUACACGCAGGCGCGCUACUGGAUCAUCUAAAGGUAGUUCACGCAGCCACCCGCGUCACGGUUUACAUGUAUGACAUCGAGUGGAGGCUAAAAGACCUCUGCUACAGUCCAAGCAUACCCGACUUCGAAGCCUACCACAUAGAGAAGAUCUUCGACAACAUCAUACCUUGUGCCAUCAUAACCCCACUUGACUGCUUUUGGGAGGGAUCCAAGUUGCUAGGACCCGACUAUCCUAUUUUUGUUCCUGGUUUGAAAAACAAAUUCCAAUGGACGCAUUUAAACCCACAAGAAGUUUUGGAGGAUGUGCGGAAACUGAAGUUCAAUUUUCCUCUGAGCACCAUGGAGGCUUACAUGAAGAGAGCCGGCAUCACCUCGGCCUACAUGAAGAAGCCUUGCUUGGAUCCCACCGACACACAGUGCCCAAACUCGGCUCCCAACAAGAAAUCAGGCCAAAUUCCCGAUGUAGCGGCAGAGCUGUCGCACGGUUGCUACGGUUUCGCAGCAGCCUAUAUGCACUGGCCCGAACAGCUGAUAGUCGGUGGUGCCACGAGGAACAACACGUCGGUGCUGCGGAGUGCGCGUGCGCUGCAGACGGUAGUGCAGCUGAUGGGCGCGCGAGAGAUGUUCGAAUACUGGGCUGACAACUACAAAGUUCACCAUGUCGGCUGGAAUCAAGAAAAGGCAGCCGCUAUACUAGAUGCAUGGCAAAGGAAAUUUGCGGCUGAAGUGCACAGGAUGACUGCUUCUGAAGCAGUGUCGCCUUCAUACAGUUUCUUUCCAUUCUCAACAUCGACACUCAAUGACAUUCUAUGCAAAUUCUCAGAACUUUCUUUGAAGAACAUUAUCAUGGGUUACCUGUUUAUGCUUAUUUAUGUGGCUGUAACCUUAAUGCAGUGGCGCGACCCGGUGCGGUCGCAGGCCGGCGUGGGCAUCGCCGGUGUUCUUCUGCUUUCCAUUACCGUAGCAGCUGGCCUAGGCUUUUGUGCUUUGUUAGGUAUACCAUUCAAUGCGUCGAGCACCCAAAUCGUGCCGUUCCUAGCCCUUGGACUAGGCGUCCAGGACAUGUUCCUUCUCACUCACACGUACGUGGAGCAAGCGGGAGACGUGCCCAGGGAAGAGAGAACUGGACUCGUGCUGAAGAAGAGUGGCCCCAGCGUGCUGUUGGCGUCACUAUGCAAUGUCAUGGCUUUCCUGGCUGCAGCCUUAUUACCUAUCCCAGCUUUAAGGGUGUUCAGCUUGCAGGCUGCCAUUUUACUUCUCUUUAACCUGGGUGCGAUGCUCUUAGUGUUCCCCGCUAUGAUCUCUCUGGACUUGCGAAGACGCUCAACGGCCCGCGCUGACCUUUUGUUCUGCUUCAUGCCAGAAAGCCCAUUACCCAACAGAGCAAACAACACCAACAACUGGUCGAAAGCAAGGAGUUCUAGAAAUAAGAACAAUUAUAAGGAUUCAACACAACAACCGCUUGAUCCUGACGUAACAGGAACCACGAAAAAGGAUUGCUGUCUCAGUCUAUCACUUUCUAAGUGGGCAAAAAAUCAUUACGCACCUUUUAUCAUGAGGCCGGCUGUUAAGGUCAUAUCAAUAUUGGUAUUAAUAAUCGUAAUAUUGGCAAGUAUCUGGGGAGCAACGAAAGUCAAAGACGGUCUUGAUCUCACAGAUAUUGUGCCAGAAAAUACAGAUGAACACGAAUUCCUUUCACGCCAAGAAAAAUAUUUUGGUUUCUACAAUAUGUAUGCUGUGACGCAAGGUGACUUUGAAUAUCCCACGAAACAAAAAUUACUUUAUGAGUACCACGACCAAUUUGUGAGGAUACCGAAUAUCAUCAAAAAUGACAACGGAGGCCUGACGAAGUUCUGGCUGAGUCUCUUCAGAGACUGGCUUCUCGAUUUACAAGCUGCGUUUGAUAAAGAAGUAGAAAGAGGCUGCAUUACUAAAGAGUGCUGGUGCAAGAACGCUACCGAUGAAAGUAUAUUGGCAUUCAAACUUAUGGUUCAAACGGGUCACGUGGACAAUCCUAUAGACAAGUCCCUUCUAACAGCCCCAGAUCACAGGCUGGUUGAUAAAGAUGGAAUUAUAAAUCCCAAGGCGUUUUACAACUACCUCUCGGCCUGGGCCACCAAUGACGCACUAGCUUACGGAGCAUCGCAAGGGAAUUUGAAACCGCAGCCUAAAAGAUGGUCUCAUUCGCCUGAAGACGUGGACUUGAAGAUACCAAAGUCGUCACCUCUGAUGUACACGCAGCUUCCGUUCUAUCUGGCCGGGCUCAGUGACACCGAGAGCAUCAAGACGCUGAUAAUGUCAGUCAGGGAGCUGUGUCUGAAGUUUGAAGCGCAAGGCUUAUCUAAUUUCCCGUCUGGUAUACCCUUCCUGUUUUGGGAGCAGUAUCUGUAUCUUCGGACAUCUCUGCUCCUCGCACUAGCAUGUGCUCUCGCUGCUGUGUUUGUGGCUGUAAUGAUUCUUCUACUGAACGCAUGGGCCGCUGUCCUCGUGACCUUGUCUCUGACCAUAUUGGUACUUCAGCUACUGGGCACCAUGGCUCUGUUAGACGUCAAACUUUCGGCUGUACCAGCGGUGCUUCUUGUGCUGGCUAUUGGGAGAGGCGUCCACUUUACCGUCCAUAUUUGUUUGGCCUUUGUGACGUCAAUCGGUUGCCGCCGGCGCCGCGCCGCGCUGGCGCUGGAGUCGGUGCUGGCGCCGGUAGUCCACGGCGCGCUCGCUGCAGCGCUGGCCGCGUCGAUGCUGGCCACCAGCGAUUUCGGCUUCGUUGCCCGCUUGUUUUUAAGGCUGCUGUUAGCACUUGUCGUUCUCGGAAUCGUGGACGGACUGCUAUUCUUCCCUAUUGUGCUCUCGAUAUUGGGACCUUCGGCAGAGGUACGACCGAUAGAGUACCCCGAACGGUUAUCGACGCCUUCACCCAUGAGUUCUCCGAUACACCCUCGGAAGUCAAGUUCCAGUGGUACUGGCGAGAAAUCCAGUCGGACCAGCAAAUCAGCGCCAAGACCUUGCGCUCCUUCUCUUACCACCAUCACAGAGGAACCUCCCAGUUGGCACAGCUCCGCCCCAUCAGUGCAAUCGUCGAUGCAGUCCAUCGUGGUGCAACCGGAGGUAGUUGUGGAAACUACGACGUACAAUGGAAGCGAUUCUGCAUCUGGAAGGUCUACGCCGACAAUGAAGUCGUCGCAUUCUGGAGCGAUAACUACUAAGGUAACGGCAACCGCCAACAUCAAAGUGGAAGUGGUGACGCCGGGCGACAGAAAGUCCAGGCGAUCGUACCACUACUACGAUCGGGACCGUCGACAUCGCGACGACGACCGCGAAAGAGACAGAGAUAGGGAGCGCGACAGAGACCGCGACAGGGACCGCGAGGACAGGUCCCGGGAACGCCGCGACCGCUACCGGGACGAGAGAGAUCACCGCGCUUCCCCCAGAGAAAAUGGCAGAGACUCCGGCCACGAAAGCGAUUCUUCAAGACAUUAAGCCAACACUAGUGACCGUACAACGAACACAGCUCAUCUUAACACUUAUAGACUGUAGUGUAAAUAUUACGCGUGUAUGCAUAUUGAAUGAUAUGCUUGUAGGAAGAGACAUCUUUACCUAAAGUUAUCGAGUGUCAUCUCUAAUAUCGAACGUAAAACAUGUUUUAAGGAUCGCAAUACCGCUUAUAUUCAAUGCCUUAAGACAGUAUUACGAGUAAUUUUAAGUUAUCUUCAGUUAAAUAUAUUGGAGGCUACAAUUAAUGGAGUGCUAUCCUACUCUCGCAGUUACUUUGUAUCGUUUGUGUGCGCGAUGGUACUGAAAUCAUUCCAUGGAGCUCGUUUACAUCGCCGCACGGUGUAGACGCUUUAUACCUUGUGAAUUAUUGUUAGUUCCAACUGUAUAGACCAAAUGUCAUUUUAAGAGUUUAUUUAUGUAUUUUAUUUUGUGUGUUCCUAUUUGAAAGACAUUUCCACUCGACUCCGCGUUCUUAUGUUGCAUUUUAGACGAGGUAGAUCUAAAGACUGGUCAAAUUUUUAUUGAUAAUUAAUCAUAUUAUUUAUUUUAUUUCUAUUCAAUUAUAUUAUUCUGAAACCAGAGAUCUGUGGAAAAUCUCAGAAAUAUUGUACAAAUUUAUUAGUAAGUGAUAAUGUUAGGUUAGACAUCUAUUUAUGAGAUUACUUAGAUUUCCUUAACUGUAUUGUUGUGAUGUUUAAAUAAACUCUGAAGACUGCAUUUAACGAGUUGGCCGUGGUUACUGCAGCUGCUGGCCGAGACGCGCGGCGCGCCCGCAGAGAUCGACCGUACGCUGGCAGAAAUACUGACCUCAGUAGAAGAAACUAUGUUGUGACGUUUUGUGCAAAGUACUUAUUAGAUUGUAUUAAUUUAUACCUAUAUAACAUAAUGAUAUUCUGUAAAUAUAGGUUUAUUGUAGGGACGUAUGUAUACGCAAUUAAAGUGCCUGCGCCUUCUUGGCGUUUAUUACUUUUGUAUCGUAUUUUUACACAAUUUUAAGAGACAUAUUGUCGUAUAACUAAAAGGUGAUUUUUUAUCGCCAUUUUACUAGGCCUGUUUAAAGGUGUUUUGUAAACGUAGGUUCCAUCCUUAUUAGACGGAUUUUUAACUUGGAACAUCGUUUCCAAAUUAUUCAUAAAGUUUACUCUUCAUGCCUUUUUCAUAUUUUUUAAUUUGAAUUUAGAUAAACUUGGACUUGUUCCAUGAGUUUCAAAUCCGAACUGAACCGAGCUGUGCUUACAUAUUUUCAUAAUUGUAUGUUGAAUCAAAAUUAAAUGACAAAUAAAUUAAAGCAGGAUAAAACUGUUGACUGUAUUCAGAAAAUA